AGUAGUUGAUUGCUUUCAAGAAUUAAAAUAAGGGAAAAUUAGAAAAAUGAGACACUUUAAUCUUAAAUUUGUUCCAAUAAGACUUGUAGAAGAUUAUUUAGGUAAAUAAGAUUUAUAUUCUCUUUAAUACCAUUAUACCCUUAUAAUUAACCUUAAUUAAAAUUUAAAUUAAUUCGUAAUUGAUUUAAAUUUUAAUAAAAAAAAAAGAAAAAACCACAAAAGGAUUAAAAACUUGUUUACCCUAAUAUUUUUUCACUCCUCUUCUUCUCCGCCGUGUACCUUCAAGCCUUCAACCCUUUCAAUGUCAAUUUAGGGUAAGCGGAGAAUCCUUAUUUUUUUCAUCGUAAAUCAUCAAUUUUUUUGUUUCUAAUCUCGUUUUUAUCUUUCUUCUCUUUGUUCUCAGAUACAAUUCAGCGAAUUGGGGAUUUGUUCUUUGGUUUGUUAGACGGUCCUCUUCUCUCUCUACGGUUUCGUCGGACGGUAUUCUUCUCUCACUACAGGUUUCGUCGGACGGUCCCUUCACAGUUUGAUGUAAGAUCUGGUCUAAACCACAUUGCAGAUCAGGCCUGACAUCGAAAGGAUCGAGAAAUGGGUGUUAUGCAUUGCUUAUGAUGAUGAGAAGAAUCCUUAUCUACCGAAGGUUUUCAAACAGAGCCAUCUUUGGAAAAUUCUUCCCUAAGAGCGCUGCUAGAGCUACUGUGCCAGGAGGUCCAAGUGUACCAUGUAGUACAGCGAAGGCUGUGGAAUGGGACGCUGCUUGGUCACAGAACCUUGACCUGUCGGGUUGUGCGGCUCUUGGAGUUCAUGUUGCAGCUUAUGAGGAAGAUAAAGCCGAAGGUACCCGUCCUAAGAAGCUACAGGCAGAGAAAACUGCAGAAGGCAUUGUUUGAGGAUUAAACAAGGUUUAUAAUGAAUGUUUGCAUCGCACUUUUCUCUUAUUUUCUCAAAAGACAAUACUUUAUCAUCUUCCGUAGGGUUAAUAAGUGCCAAUAAGUUGUCUCUUUAACUUUAGGAGUUUCUGAGGAUGU